UUAACUCGCAUAUUAUUAAAAAGAUAUGGAUUGUUCACCCACCAAAUGGUGAGCAUCUUCCCACACCAUAGUAGUUCCAUUAUAUCGUAUAUAUGCAUAUAUAUAUAUAUAUAUAUAUAUAUUAUGUUCUCCCACUCUGUUUCUGGAACUCAUACAUUUUCUUCACAUUUUAUUGUUUAAGGUAUGUUAUAAUUUGUUAUUCAUGCAUCGCACUUCCAUAUUUUCCUUGUUUCCAUUUGUUAAUAUUCCGAUAUGAAGCUAGUCAAUCCUCGUUUAAUUUGAUAUUUUCUGAUUUUCUUUUGUUUUCUUUAUUGAUUUACAAGAAUUUGUUUUUAACUCUUUGUUUAAUUUCAUCUACUCAGUACUUUAAUAUUUAUUUCAAACACAACAGCCCCCCAACCCCUCAAAAAAAAAAAAGAAAAAAAAAAAAGGGCACAGGACUGCAGUUGAAGGAAGCUACUAUACUCCCUAGAAAGCUCCAUUUAUAUUCGCAACCAAUCUGCAGCUGCAGAAAAUCAGCAAUGGAGUGUCUCGUUGCCAUUGUUACAAAAAUUAGCGAGGGUACAUUUGCUCCAGUUGCCAGUGAAUUCAGCAAUAUCUAUCACUACAAAAGAAAUGUAAACAACCUCAAGUCUCAAAUUCUGCGUUUGAAAGGUGAAAAUGAAAGGCUGCAGCACUCUGUUGACGAGGCUGGAAAAAAUGGCGAAGAAAUCGAAGGUGCUGUGGAGGAGUGGAUGAAUGGAGUAACUGGGAUCAUUGAAAAGGCUAAUGAUGAAUUUUUUAGAGAUGAAGAUUACGCAAAGCCUCUGUGUUCAAGCAAGUUGUUUCCGAAUUUGGUAUCACGAAGGCGGCUCAGCAAGAUAGCAAACUCCUUGGCAGAAGCUGCUGGUACUGAAAUGCAACGAGCAAACACAUUAUUCCAAAAGGUUUCUUAUCGCGUCGCACCACAGUCGGCUGCCAUUGAUAUGACCAAAGGAGGCUACAUGAUUUUCCAAUCAAGAACCUCCACCUUCAACAGAAUUAUGGAGGCAUUAAGGAAUCCUGAUGUCAAGAUGAUUGGAGUUUAUGGUAUGGGCGGUGUUGGCAAAACCAUGCUUGCUAAAGAAGUUGCCAGAAAAGCUGUUGAGGAUGACAAGCUAUUCAAAAAGGUAGUUAUAGUCGCUGUGUCUCAAACUCCGGACCCCCACAAGAUCCAAAAAGAAAUUGCAGAUCAGCUAGGUCUAAAGUUUGGUGAUAAUGAGGACGACAAAAAUGUAAGAGCAAAACGACUACGUCAGCAACUGGGGCGAGAAGAGAAGAUGUUACUAGUCAUAGAUGACAUCUGGGAGAAAUUGGAGUUGUAUGAAGUUGGGAUAGCUUUUGGAAAUGAUAGUAAAAAUGACUCUAAGAUUCUUCUCACCUCUAGAUCUCUAGAUGUGGUAUGUAAUGAUAUGGAUGCUGCUAUGAAUUUCCCCAUUGAUGAUUUACCCUCGGAUGAAGCAAAAGCUAUGUUUGACAAAAUAGUUGGUGAUAAAUCAAUCCAAAACAAAGAUAUACAGGCUUUGGCGACUGAGAUUGUCAAAGAAUGUGGAGGUUUACCAAUUGCCAUUGCGACGGUUGCAAGUGCGUUGAAAAAGAAAGCCUACCCUAUUUGGAGUAAUGCCUUGCAAGAGCUAAGAACAUCUGCCCCAACUAACAUCCAAGGCAUGAACAAAAAAGUUUAUUCGAGUAUAAAGUUGAGUUAUGACUUUUUGGAAAGUAAUGAAGCAAAGUCAUUACUCUUGAUUCUUGGUAUAUAUUCUGGAGAUUCGGGAUUAGAAAUUGAGGACUUGUUGAGAUGUGCUAUGGGGCUGGAACCAUUCCAGAGCAUCACAAACUUGGAAGAUGGAAGAAAUAAGGUACUUACACUGAUUGAUAAAUUGAAGGCUUCUUCUUUGUUGUUGAAUGCUGAUUCGGUGCGCAGAGUCAAAAUGCAUGACGUAGUUCGUGAUGUUGUCAUCUUAAUUGGAUCUGAAAAACACAAUAUGCUUUGUCUUCGAAAUGCCGCUGAGCUGGAAAACAGUAAAAAACUCAAAGUUGCAACUGCAAUUUCACUUCCGAAUUUUGAGGAUGAUGCUCAUCAACUUCCAAAAAGCUUAGAGUGUCCGCAACUUGAGUUUUUUUAUGUCCACAAUCGAUCUUUCCACAAGAAUCCAAACUUACAAAUCCCAAACCAUUUUUUUGAAGCAAUGAAGGAGCUUAAAGUUUUAGAUUUGACUUCUGUAUGUCUAAAACCGUUACCUUCAUCCUUUGAAUUCCUUAAAAAUCUCCAUACUCUGUUUUUGAAUUCCUGUGAGAUAGAAGAUGUGGCUUUAAUUGGAGAAUUAAGGAAUCUAAAAAUUCUUGACCUUGCAUAUUCCAAAAUUAGUAAUUUUCCGGGACAAAUAGGACAAUUGACUCGUCUGCAAUUAUUAAAUUUGAGCUGCUGUUCCAUGCUUGAGGUGAUUGAAUGCAAUGUCAUAUCAAAUUUAGUACAUUUAGAAGAACUGUAUAUGCUCGGGAGCUUUACAAGAUGGGAUAUUCAAGGAGACCACUCUGGAAGAAGAAAUGCUAGUCUUGUGGAGUUAAAGAAUUUAUCUAGGCUGACCACUUUACAUUUACACAUACCGGAUGUCCAUGUUAUGCCAAAAGGCUUGUUUACUGUGAACUUGAAGAGAUACGACAUAUUAAUAGGAGAAGGACCAAGAUACUUGGACUAUUCCUUUGAUAGCAGAAGGCCAACUUCGAGAAAAUUGGAACUAAUUGAGCUCAAUAUAAGCAGACUUCCAGAAUGUCAUGGUCUUGAAGCCUUACUGAAAAGGUCAGAAGUUUUGAAUCUGUAUGGAUCUACCGGUCUGAACAAUGUUAUACACGAAUUAGACAGAGAGGGUUUUCCAGAGUUGAAGCAUCUAAAAAUUGUGAAUAAUGAUGAAAUGCAAUACAUCAUUAAUUCCAUGGAUCAGAGAUAUCAUUCUCAGAAUGCUUUCUUUCCAAGUUUGGAGUCAUUACAUCUUGAAAAUCUAAAGAAAUUGGAAAGGAUAUGGCAUGGUGAACUCUUAAUAAAUUCUUUUGGCAAAUUAAGAGUUGCAAGAGUGAAAGAUUGUGAAAGAUUGAAUAAUCUCUUGUCAUCAUCCAGUGUCAGAGACAUUGAGGAAAUCAAAGUUAUUAAUUGUAAGAUGAUGAGUGAGAUAGCUACUUAUGGAAUGGAAGAUGAUCAUCCCUACAGAAUCUUGGCGAAGAUUGAGUUUCCUCAUUUACGUUCCUUGAUAUUAAAAUCUUCUCCGAAUCUUGCUCAUUUCCCUUUUUCAAAAUUGGAAGCUACUUUCACUGGUCACAGGAAAGAGGAGGAGCCGUUGUUAGAUGUGAAUCGCCCCCUGCCUUUUUUUUAUCCUAUGGUUGCAUUGCCUAGCUUGAAGGAUUUGGAGUUGUCCACCCUGAACUCCGAAAAGUUAUUGCCAGACCAUCCUCCAGAAAACUUUAACAUGCAGAAUCUAACAAACUUGAAGAUACAUGGUUGCAAUAGUUUGAAGUAUCUCCUGUCUUUUGAUAUGGCCAGAAACAUUGUAAGGCUUCAGCACCUCGAGGUACGUGGAUGCAGUGUUAUGGAAGAUGUACUAGCCAUAAAUGACAAAGAGAGGAUGGUAAAAGAAGAACUGCUUCCCAAUCUUAAGUUCUUAGUGCUUGAUGAUCUCCCAAACUUGAAACGAUUUUGCUCCAAAAGUUGGGCGGAGUUUUCAUCCUUGGCUAGACUGAGGAUAACUAAUUGUCCAAAACUUAAAAUUGAAGAUUCUAUUAGGAAGCUGCCUCGGUUGAAUAUAUUGAUCUUGAAGCGGAUUAUGGUUGCCCAGGAAGCAAUGUGGAACUGUCAAUAUGAAAUUGAUCAUGAAGGUCUAAAUGAGGAUGAUCAAGAACAAGCCGGAAUGUUUCCCUGUUUGAAAUUACUAAUUCUAAUUGAGCUGACUGAUCGUUUGAUGGAUUCAUGGAAGAAAAAUUACCAUCCUGCAGGAAGAGCCUUCCAGAAUUUGAAACAUUUAUUUGUAGUCAAAUGCCAUACGUUAAAGAAUCUAGUCCCAGCCUCAAUAUCUUUCCAAGCUUUAAGGUGUCUGGUAGUGUCAGAAUGCCAUGGAAUGGAAUAUUUGUUCACACCAUCAGCAGUUAAAAGUCUGACUCAACUGAGAGAAAUGAUGAUAGGAAAAUGCGAAAGGAUGAUUCAAAUAAUAGCAGAUUAUAAUGGAAGUGAAACAGAGGAGGGUACUGAAAUUGUUUUUGAUCGGCUGGAAGAGUUGAGACUUAGUAAUCUACAAAACCUCGGUAGUUUCUAUUCAGGGAAUUGUGUAAUGAGAUUUCCAAAUUUGCAAAGGUUAAUUUUCAAAUAUUGCCCUCAGAUGGUCAGUUUUUGUGAGGGAAAUAUAAGCGCUCCAAAAUUGAAGAAAUUAAUACUAUCUAUAAAGGAAGAUGGAGGUGAAGAUGAAGAUGAAGAUAAAGCUCAUGAAGAGAUUUCUACUGAAAUUAUGGAGAAUGACAUUGAUUUAGAUGAUGAUAGAGAAUUACAUUUUGACAACGAUGAAUUCAGUUCUUACCCUAUGCAAAAGUUAGUAGAGGGUGACAUUAAUGCUGCCACAAGGAAGCUAUGGCUGAACAACCAAGGAUGAAUCUCAUACACUACAGUCAAAACUAUUAGCAGAAAAUCAAAGAUACAUCAUAUGAAGUUCAAUACCAAGAAAAGGUUCAGAGAUUAUGAGCAAGUACAUUGUAAUUGUGUUAAGUGCAGGUAGGAUAUUCCUUGACUGGAAUCAUUCAAAACUUGGACCUUAAUUUCUGUUGCAGCCGUCAGUAUCAAACUAGUGGUUAGCCUUUUCUUUAUCUAUUUAUUUAUUUUUGGUGAAGAAACUAAUGGUUAGCUUUUAUUAUCAGGAAAAUUAAUUUGGUUGACCAUUCUGAAUAUCGACAGUUAGGAGGUCUGGUAGGUGGACUAGUAAGGGAUAAGAGAUAACAAGGUCAUAGAAGUUCUAAGUUUGUGCAUUACCCAUUUCUACCUCUAAUGCAAAAGUUUGUUUUCAAAUAAAAACCACCAUGUGGGUUAUUUUCCUGUUAGAUAUUUUGAGACAGAAAAAUGUGGUUCUCUGAAAUAUUACCUAUAGUUGUAAUCCAUUUAAUGUGAGGUCGUUCAAUUUAUUUCCA